GGGAGGAGAGGAGGGGAAAAAAAAACCCGCUUUUGGUUGAGGUUUUCCUGUUACUAUCACUGUAGCGUUUAUUUAGCCAAUCUCCUAACUAUGACGUGAGGAAGGCAGGAAUCAUGGCUCGCUCAUAAUAUUUAACACACCCACUGAAAGCUGGAGCUGCAGAGCUACUAGUCCAACCAGUCUCCAGAAUUCAGUGUAGCUGAAAGAGGUUUUCACUCUGCACCUGCCAAAGAUCUCCCCCCCCCUUUCCUUCUCUCUCCCCUUCUCUCUUCCUUUCUCUCUCUCUCUAAAAGGCAGAUCUGUAAGACCCAGCAGAGAUCAAAGACCUCUUCGCUAAAAAGAACCUCUACUGAUUUAUAUUAGUUUCUUUCCUCUAAUCCUUCCUUCUCCCCCCUCUUUUUUUUUCUGUGCCAUAUUUAACCUUUAUGUUGCAGUUGUGCCAUCAGACAGUUUUGCAGCCAAAAAAAACCAACACAAGCCAAAGCAAAAGCCCAGCUCGGAUACAGCAGCCACCCAGACUCGAUCUCAGUUGAACAUACUAAUCUCUCCCAAGCACCGGACGCGAUGGACGAAGAAACUGGAACUGCUCUAAGAAAAUGAUUUUCCAGCCAGUGUUCUUAAAGAGUCUGAGAGAAGAGAGGGAGCGAGAGCGAGCGGAGAGCGCUUCUGCUGCAUCACUGCUCAAAUCCAAGGGAAGGGAGUCAGCGUUUCCAGCGCAGUCAAAUAUUAUGGAUGAUUUUUUUUCUUCUGUCGCCUUUCCGCACAGUUCUUGAUGAUACUGAGAAAUGAGGACCUAUCGGGUUUAGCCUGUUUAUUUCUCGGCGCCUAUGGAGGUAACUUUAUUGACUUGAUCGCUCGCUUCCCGACCCGAGAGGAGCAACCCGGAGCCCCGGGGGGGGCCCGGCAGCCCCGCGCCCGCCCGGGCUCUCUCCGCCGCCGCCUCCCCUCCCUCCCCCUUCCCCCGGUAAUUCAUCAGCCGCCCCGGCCAUGAAAAUGCUCCUGGUCCGCAAGUUCCGGGUGCUGAUCCUGAUGGUGUUCCUCGUCGCCUGCACCAUGCACAUCAUGAUCGACCUGCUGCCGCGGCUGGAGCGCCGCGGGCCCGAGGGCCGCCCGGGCUGUUCCUGCCCGCCGCCCGCCGCCGCCGCGCCGCCCCGCGCCGCCCCGCGCUGGCCCAGCAAGCACACGCUGCGGAUCCUGCAGGACUUCAGCGCCGAGCCGGCCUCCAACCUCUCCUCGCAGUCGCGGGAGGCGGCGGCGGAGCGGGCGGCGGGCGGUGGAGGCGCUGGAGGCGGCGCGGGGGCGGCGGCGGCGGCGGGGAGGACGCGGCGGCUGAUCGGCCCCGGGGCGCCGCGCCCGCCGCCCCCCGCCGCCGCCGCCGCCGCCGCCCCGCUGGCCGCCCUCUUCGAGCACCCGCUGUACCGCGCCGCCCUGCCCCCGCUGGCCGACGGCGACCUGCUCUUCAAUGUCAACAGCGACAUCAGGUUCAACCCGCGGGCGGCCGAGCAGCCCGAGUGGCAAAAUGAAGAUCAUCAUGAAGAAUUUUUGCCAACAGGAGAAACCUCCAUAGACUCCUACCCAAACUGGUUAAAAUUCCACAUUGGCAUUAAUCGGUACGAGUUGUAUUCCAGACAUAAUCCUGCAAUUGAGGCUUUACUACAAGACCUUGUCUCCCAAAAGAUAACCAGUGUUGCGAUGAAAUCAGGAGGCACCCAGCUGAAGCUGAUCAUGACAUUCCAGAACUAUGGACAAGCAUUGUUCAAACCAAUGAAGCAAACCAGAGAACAAGAAACCCCGCCUGACUUUUUUUAUUUCUCAGACUAUGAGAGACAUAAUGCAGAAAUAGCAGCAUUUCAUCUGGACAGGAUUCUGGAUUUCCGUCGUGUGCCACCGGUUGCAGGUAGACUGGUUAACAUGACAAGGGAAAUACGAGAUGUUACUCGUGACAAGAAGCUGUGGAGAACGUUUUUCAUCUCACCAGCCAACAACAUCUGCUUCUAUGGGGAAUGUUCCUACUACUGCUCAACAGAGCACGCCCUGUGUGGAAAACCAGAUCAGAUUGAAGGGUCCCUGGCUGCUUUCCUACCAGAUUUGUCUCUAGCAAAAAGGAAAACCUGGAGAAACCCUUGGAGACGUUCCUACCACAAGCGCAAGAAAGCAGAAUGGGAAGUUGAUCCAGAUUAUUGUGAAGAGGUUAAACAAACUCCCCCGUAUGACAGUGGGACCAGAAUUCUGGAUAUAAUGGAUAUGACAGUUUUUGAUUUCCUAAUGGGUAACAUGGAUCGACAUCACUAUGAAACCUUUGAGAAGUUUGGAAAUGAAACGUUUAUUAUCCACUUAGAUAAUGGAAGAGGGUUUGGAAAAUAUUCCCAUGAUGAACUUUCCAUAUUGGUGCCUUUAAACCAGUGCUGCAGAAUAAGGAAGUCUACCUAUCUGCGAUUACAGCUGUUAGCCAAGGAGGAAUACAAACUCAGUCUCUUGAUGAAAGAAUCUUUGCUAAAAGAUAAAAUAGCUCCGAUUCUCUACCAGCCUCACUUGGAGGCGAUGGACAGGCGGCUACGGAUUGUCCUCAAGGCUGUCAGUGACUGUAUAGAAAAGGAUGGUUAUGACAAUGUGGUUGAAAAUGACUUUAACACUGAUGUUAACACUGUAACGACCGAGAGGUAGUGAAAUCGCAAGACUACGUUUUUACCAGCCGAGUACAGAAGAUUCAAAGAGGAAAAAGAAAAAGAAAAUAAAA